AUGCAAGCAAUCGAUACCCCUACGCAGCCCUACCUGGAUCCUCGGCGCCAGCAGCGCCACCUUCAAGAUGUGCAGGCUAACGGCUAUCAUCCUGCACCUGCCGCCGGGAACUUCCUAAUGCCAGAUGCGCAAGGCGCAUUUGCCUUCUCGGCAGAACCGGCAUCCAUGGCCUACGACGGGUCCAUGGUGUCACUUGCUUCGUCCAACACCCCUGGGCAUGAAACUAUCUUCACUCCGAAUGUUGGAUCCUCUCUUGACUCUUCACUUCACCCUGACAUGUCUUACCCCCCGCCCUCUUCUUAUAAUCAAUCACAAAACUACGGUCUUUCUCCAGGUUCUUACUAUGCCAACGGUCCAAAUAUCUCACCUGCGCAUUCGGUAGAACACUUUAGCCCUGAAGCUGGUUACAUGAGUGAUCCAAACUAUCAAGAUCCCACUGCCUAUGCGACUACGACUACGAACUUCAAUGGACACCUUCUCGACGAAUUCAAUGGUCUUAGCUUUACAGAGAAUGGCUCCACCAGCAAUUUCCCAUCCUAUCAAGGGAAUGUUGACAUGUCAGUUCUAAGCCCAGGCACGCUGAACACCUACAACGCCCAGCCAUCCAUACUUCCACACAAUAACUCCCUGGAUCCACAUCACCAAUUACUGACACCCAGCGCGACCAACAAUUCUAGUCCGGCACUAGGCGAGGAAAGUUCAGCGUUCCCCUCACUGCAUUACGCAGGUAGCAUAUCGACGCCCCCCAGCCAUACCCCUCAAUUCCAGCAUGGAACGCCUGCAAAGCAGAUACGAAGUCCGGCGUUGACGAAUAGCCCUGGGAACGAGCCACUGGUGAAUCCUCGACCUCUUACGCGGCACAUGACGAGCCCCAUCGUGCGUGUAGAAAACUACAGUGGGGAAGACUCACCCUCACACUCGGACAACAGUGGACCAGUUAGCAAGCGAAGUUACGGAAGCCGACAUUCCGGGAACCAUCUAUCUCCCUACACCCACAAUGACAACUCUGAUGAGGAAGAAGAAUCACAACUGCAAAUGCAUGGGCAACCGCGAGUUCGUGGGCCAGAGCGUAAUGAAGAUGGCUCGUGGCUGGCGACAGGAUCAUCCGGGCAAACUGGCCUCAAUCCUGACCAACGCCACAGGAUAGGAGAUGUGUGGAUACCCAGUAUAGAACAGAUUGCUGAACAGCGAUCCAAGGAGGAGAAGAAACUUGAAGUGCAGGAGUGGCUCACAAAGAGCGAGGUUGGAAGCGAAGCGGGUGAUACUGGAGCCUCCAACAAUCUACUCAAGCCUAUUGCAGGCCGACGGAGAGCGAAAAGCCAUAACGAUGUUCAGCGUCGAGCUCCAGUUAGUAGCUUUGGCUUGGGUGUGCGUACCGACUUCGAUCGCAUCGACGAUAGUGGUAUACCAGGACCCGGUGUAUACGUCGAUGAGCGGAGCGAUUAUGGCGACUACGAUUACGAUGACGAGGAUUCAGCAGAACCCGAGUCCCCACCUGCCGCCAUAGAUGUCAACGCAAGCUAUGUCGAGAGUUCCUAUUUCCCUCCUACCCAAGAGACAAUGUCAAAGAUUGGCGGCAUUGUCAAGCCAUGGGUAGAUGUGCCGUCACAAUCACCACAGAUUUCGAACCCCUCUGCUCGCUAUCAGCCACCUACUUCAAAUGCCGCAAUGAUGCGUUUCCGUUUACGGGCGAAGGAUGUCGAACAAGCAUCACUUGCCGCUACUGUUGGUUCACGCCGUCUCAGCGAGUCAGAUCUUGGUAGCCUUCGUGCAUCACCAGGUGUAGCCAAACUGAUUGAACCUGACCCGAAGAAGAGCAAGGAGCGACAGCGCCGCCCCAGCUUCUUGGAAAAUAUACUCCCCAAGCGCGCACCGAGUGGUCUCCUGAAACGCAAAAGUAGCAUACCUGUACAACAACCCGAUCCAAUUCCAGAGAAAUCAAGAGAACCCAGCAUCGAUAAGCCGAGGCGAAUCGGUAGUUGGGGCCGUCCAAAAUCGCCCCGGGUUGACUCAAACUUGAGUAGUAACAGCAAAGAUGGAAAUAUGACAGGUUUCACUGGACUGUCUACAUCAACAGGGCCGUGGUACAAGGGUCCUCGAAACGUUAUCAAACGCACCCGAAGCAGAAGUGACAUAGGCAGGUCACCCGGUCUCGCUGAGCUCAUGACACAACAUGGAGGUCCACCUAUGCCUAUGCUGGCCUCGCCACUUGCCGACACUGAAGCUACCAAGCCCUCUGCACAGCCAAGUCCAGCUGGAGAUGACGAGGAUGACGAUCAGGACCCCGUAUCUAUGGAUCUCUCAGUUCGCACUGAUCCAAUCAUUCCGACCUAUGAUGGGUUCCGGACUCAUGCUCGACAGCUCAAUCCACGCCUGGCUGACUUCAUGGUUGAACGCAUCACCCAGGAACAGAUGCGCAGGUACAAAAGGCUCUUGGAGUUUAAAGUCAAGCACCUUAGCGCCGUGCAGAAUAAAGCGUGUGCAUCUGGUGGAUUUUGCACGGAUCUUGGUGGCGAGGCAAAAUCGCUUCCUCCCCGAGCCGGAGCAAAGGACGCCGAUGCCCCUUUCAUCGGUUUCCAAGUGUCUGGUCCUGGAUCUCCGGAGGAAGAUGGCGAGCCUCUUCUAGAGGGUAAUGUUGCCCCGGCUGCGUUCCCGACAGGAGUGCCGUUACCCCCAGUCAAACGACUUCCGGCUGAGUUUGAGUGUCCGCUGUGCUUCAAAGUCAAGAAAUUCUACAAACCGUCUGACUGGACUAAACACGUGCAUGAGGAUGUCCAGCCCUUCACCUGUACCUUUCCUAAUUGCGGCGAGCCCAAGUCAUUCAAGCGUAAAGCUGAUUGGGUUCGACACGAGAAUGAGCGACAUCGUCAAUUGGAAAACUGGACAUGCCAUAUUGCCGAUUGCAGCCACACAUGCUACCGAAAGGACAAUUUUGUACAGCAUCUGGUUCGAGAGCACAAGAUUGCCGAACCACGCCAACGUACUGGUAGAGGGGGAAACAAGGAGGCUUCAGCGACCGGCGAUCAAGGUACAAAGCGUGAUAAUCCGUCAUCAGCAACCACUAAUGCAUACACAGACGAUAUCUGGACUAUUGUCGAGCAAUGUCGCCGCGAUACGGCAAAGCAACCAAAGGAUGAGCCGUGCCGAUUCUGUGGGAAUAUCUGCAACAGCUGGAAGAAGUUGACUGUCCACCUAGCGAAGCAUAUGGAACAGAUCAGCAUGCCCAUUCUUCCGCUUGUAGACCAGAAGCAUCUCAACGCGGAUAGCAUCAUAAGCCCCGUUGUAGAGCUACCCGAGAGCCGCAAACUUUCUAUUACGCCCAGCCGCUCAUCAGUUGAUAACCCGUCGCGAUACAACCCCAAGGCAGCCUAUGCACCUGGUAUUGACCCCAAAAGCCUGUUCUCGGAGGACCUGAAGCCGCAAGGUGUAUCGGCUACCAUGCAAACGUAUCCGCCACCACAAAUGGUACAGACCAGUGGGUAUGCCAACUACGUUGCGAACAACACGGCUUCCUAUUCCAAUCAAACAUAUCCAGGACUUCAAGCCCCUCCGAAGCCACAGAUCGGUUACGCAAACGGGUUGACGGUGCGUCGUCAGCCAUACCAGAAUGGCAACAUGCAAAACGGACUUGAGCAGUAUGGAAUGACACCAAUCAGUACUGUUCAACAACAGCAGUCACUGUACACAGACUCCCCGAUUGACACGACGACUGCGCCUUUUCCUUCCUAUUAUACACCUGAUACCCAGGCUUUGACUGCUGAGAUGUCCUACGAUAAUAACAACGGGAUGCAAUAUCAGGGCAGCACGUACCCGGCCAUGUCAUAUCUAACGGCACAGCACAACUACCAAUACCAGAACCAGCAAUAG